GAGGACAAAAAAUGUUUCAUAUGCAACUCUGAGGAUCCCUUCCAUGAUACUCUCAAUCCUGACAGUCAUCGCAUUGAAAACGUCGUCACCACUUUUGAUCCAAAUCGCCUGAAGCUCUGGUGGCAGUCAGAAAAUGGUUUGGAAAAUGUGACUAUCCAGCUGAACCUGGAGGCUGAGUUUCACUUCACUCAUCUCAUUAUGACCUUCAAGACAUUCCGUCCUGCUGCAAUGUUGAUAGAAAGAUCAUCUGAUUUUGGAAAAACAUGGCAAGUAUAUAGGUAUUUUGCUUAUGACUGUGAGAGCUCAUUUCCUGGGAUUUCAACUGGACCCAUGAAGAAGGUGGAUGAUAUAAUUUGUGAUUCCCGAUACUCCGACAUUGAACCUUCAACCGAGGGAGAGGUAAUAUAUCGUGUUUUAGAUCCUGCUUUUCGAAUUGAAGAUCCGUACAGUCCAAGGAUUCAAAACCUAUUAAAGAUCACAAAUCUGAGGGUCAAAUUCGUCAAGCUGCACACGCUGGGAGAUAAUCUGUUGGACUCCAGGAUGGAGAUCAGAGAGAAGUACUACUAUGCCAUCUACGACAUGGUGGUUCGCGGGAACUGUUUCUGCUACGGACACGCCAGCGAGUGUGCACCAGUGGAUGGCUUUGAUGAAGAGGUGGAAGGAAUGGUCCAUGGGCACUGCAUGUGCAGGCAUAAUACCAAAGGGUUAAACUGUGAACAGUGUUUGGAUUUCUACCAUGACUUACCCUGGCGACCUGCUGAAGGCCGCAAUAGUAACGCAUGCAAAAAGUGCAACUGCAACGGGCACUCCAGCCAGUGCCACUUUGACAUGGCUGUGUACAUGACGACGGGGAAUGCCAGCGGGGGCGUGUGUGAUGACUGCCAGCACAACACCGUAGGGCGCAACUGCGAGCAGUGCAAGCCCUUCUACUUCCAGCACCCAGAGAGAGACCUGCGGGACCCUGACGUCUGUGAGCCUUGCAACUGUGACCCAGCUGGCUCCCAGAACGGUGGCAUCUGCGAUCGCUACACCGAUUUCUCCACCGGCCUCAUUGCUGGACAAUGCCGUUGUAAAUUAUUUGUCGAGGGGGAGCGUUGUGACCUCUGCAAAGAAGGUUUCUAUGGCCUGAGUGCCGAUGACCCAGCAGGCUGUCAGUCUUGUGCAUGUAAUCCUCUGGGCACCCACCCUGGGGGGAAUCCUUGUGAUUCAGAGACAGGAAACUGCUAUUGUAAGCGCCUGGUGACAGGAAAGCAGUGCAGUCACGGCCUGCCUGAGCACUGGGGCCUGAGCAACGACAUGGAUGGAUGUCGGCCGUGUGACUGUGACCAGGGAGGAGCACUGAACAACAA